ACUGAAAUGGCAAUCUGUGCUCAAAGCGGAUGACAAUGAACGAUGCACUUCGAGUAUCUUUUUUAAGAACAAAAUCAUUCAUAAUACUUUUCUUCUUUCCAACUUGCAUAAGUUUGCAUAUCUUGCAUAUCUUUGACUUACAUACGGUUUUUUCCAACUAACUACCUGUUUGUCGGUGACACUUCUUGUGUCAAUACGCACUUAUCUACACAACAAUAUGACGUGUCUUUUUCAACAUGUUCUUCUCAUCUUUCACCUAUAAAACAAUGAGCUAUUCUCCUCAUAGAACUAAACAUUUCAGAAGCCAGGACAAUACAAUAUAAAGUAAGUGAUUCAUUUUACCUUUACCUUUGGUCUAACCUCUCAAGAUCUUCGUCUUCUUCCUGCAGGCCGCUAGACUAUCACAUCCUGGUUCACAAGAAAAGUGUUAUCUGAGCUGGCCAGCACCAGUGAUAAUAAAGAACAAGGUAUUGUAACUUAGUAAAAACGCUAAAAUAUAGUGUCAGUAAAUGUUUCUUGUAUGAAGUAGAAAAGCAACAGUCUUCAACAGAGGAGAUUCAAAGCAUUGCUUCGAAUCCUGAAACGAACGAUGAGCAGCAGUUGAAUACAACUAUGGACGAGACACCUCACGUACAGAGCGAAGAAGAUUAUGAUGCUGUUGGAGUCGAUAACAACGAAGAGUCCAGUCACGAUCAGAAAUUCUUGUAUGAAGUNUGGACGAGACACCUCACGUACAGAGCGAAGAAGAUUUUGAUGCUGUUGGAGUCGAUAACAACGAAGAGUCGAGUCACGACCAGGAAUUCUUGUAUGAAGUAGAAAAGCAACAGUCUUCAACAGAGGAGAUUCAAAGCAUUGCUUCGAAUCCUGAAACGAACGAUGAGCAGCAGUUGAAUACAACUAUGGACGAGACACCUCACGUACAGAGCGAAGAAGAUUUUGAUGCUGUUGGAGUCGAUAACAACGAAGAGUCGAGUCACGACCAGGAAUUCUUGUAUGAAGUAGAAAAGCAACAGUCUUCAACAGAGGAUAUUCAAAGCAUUGCUUCGAAUCCUGAAACGAACGAUGAGCAGCAGUUGAAUACAACUAUGGACGAGACAGCUCACGUACAGAGCGAAGAAGGUUUUGGUGCUGCUGCAGUCGAUAACAACGAAGAGUCGACUCACGAUCAGGAAUCCACUGAAGUCGAAGUACCUCACGACUCGUCUUCGAUCAGUGCACCUCAAACGGUGGAUAAAUCGAAAAAGAAAUGUUCAGAAAUCAAAACUGAUGAUGACUUCCUCAAUAAAGUUGAUACGUCUACUCCUGAAUUCACUCAUCCUUUGGCAGCAAGUUCGUUAAUAACGGAUGAGAAUGACCUUGUACAUGAUGGUAGUAGCCACCACGAGAUGCUAGAGCUAUCACGUCUUCCACGCCUUAACGACAAAGUUCCCUCAGAACCUACUACGUCCAAUCCCGAACUGGAAAUCCGUCGACAAAGCAUUGGUAAUGACAGUCAAACGGAAAACAAUUCCUAUGAAGGCAGAAUGCACCUUUCAAACAGCUUCGCUGGCACCUCUACACAACCGCACUUCACCUCGAAAGAUGAUGACUUUCAUCUUGCUAGUCUUCAGCACUAUUCACCCGCUUCGACUAAUACCAACAAUACCCUCUCUUCCUUAACAUUCGUCCCUCCUAAAACAAGUACCAUAAACGAAGCAAAGCCGACCGCCUCUAUUUCCUUACCACCGGCUAAACGAAAAGAAGAUUGGAUUGCAUUUUCGAAUCAUAUGACAGAUGUACUACAAAGCAGUUAUUAUAAUGUCGAAAUCGAUCAUGUGAAAAAGGCCAUGGAAUACAAUAUAUUAAUUAUGGGUUCACCACGCAUUGGUAAAAGUACAUUGAUCAAUGCUCUCACGGGUAUCACAGAUCCUAGAGAAUUAGCGGAAACAAGUGCUGGUCUCAAUGCUUGCACAUCGGAAGCUAAACGAUAUCAACUGAAGACUAAUUUACCACAAGAUCAACAAACGAAGAUCUUUUUCUGGGAUACAGUGGGAAUUGAAGCGUGGACUCAGCAGGAAGGAAAACAUGCUAUGUUCCAUUUUAUCCGAAAUAUUCAACCAAUUUGUGUUAUCUUCUGUGCAGCGCCAGGAUGUUUUGCAAAUUUGGCUCAAGUGAAAGAAACACUGGACAUGUGUCAGAAGCAUGACAUUUUCUGUGCUGCUGUUUUGACAAACAUGUGGUCAGGUAACAACAACGCGCGGAAGACAGCCAUGGCUGAUCUUGAAGGACUAUUUGUUGAUUCAGGACGAAGACAAGAGUGUAAGUUUGCCAUAAACGAUCCGAGAGAACCUUAUCAUUCUGUGACAACAUUUGGAAAUUUGGCUCUAUGUACAAUGGUCAAUAGUGAACCGUUUGAAAGCGAUUUCAGUGGUAUUUUUCCUGUUCGUGGAGUCGAUGAACUCAUUCAUUGUAUAAUGCAAUCCCUUUCUGACGAUAAACUUCUCGGCUGGUGUCAAGCAGUGCUGAACAAUCGUAGCUUUUGGGACAAAGUUCGUCAUCGCGUGGGAGAUAUAAAUUUUGGUGUUAGAAUGACAGAGCGAAAAAUUGUCACAUCCAAUGUCAUUCUUUGUGGCGCUCCACGAGUAGGGAAAAGCACUUUAAUCAAUGCAAUCUGCCAAAAAUAUCUUGCUGAAACGAGUGCUGGCCUUGGUUCUUGUACGCAAGGUAUCAGAGGCUACAAGACAAUAUCAUCUGAGGAAAACACUUCUUCCAAUAUUCAACAUGAAACAAUUUUCUGGGACACACCGGGGUUUGAGUCGUGGGAAGAAAACUUUGUUCGUGGAACAUUUACUACCCUUUUGGAUCAAACCAAUCCAUUGUGCAUGAUUUAUUGUGCAUCACCUGGCUCUUAUGCCGAUAUGGUUCAAGUGGAAUGGUUUGUACACGAAUGUAUUAAACGAACCAUUUUCGUUGCACUCGUAUGUACAAAUAUGUGGAAAGAUAAAAAAUUACGAUUAGCUCUCUAUCGAGAAUUCCUUAGUCUGCUCGAAAAGACCAAACUACCAAAUGAUGUACGACGUGAAGCCAAUGAUGUCAUCUACUUUGAGAAGAAUUAUAUUAUUGAAGUUAAUACAUUUUUGAUGUCAUAA